ACCUCUCACCUGGCAGUAGAGGCGGUAAAGGGGCACGGCCGCGUAGGACAUGCCCGCCACGCCCACGACGCCGGCCGCCAGGUACGUCAGCACCGUCUUGUUGCGGUGCCUCCAGUCCUCCUGCUGCCGCCGCCGGGCCCCCGCGAAGGGGUCUCCGCCGCCGCCCUUGGCGCGCCGCCCGCAGCAGGCCGCCGCCUCGCCGUUGCCAUGGAGACGGAGCCAGGCCCGCCAGGGCCCCCAUCCUCGCGCCGCGGGAGCCGCGAGGCAAGCCCAGCCCCGCGCGCAGCCGCCCAUGCCUUUCCUCUUUCGCUGCCCCGCCCCGUCCUGUCACGUGGACGCGCUCGGCAUUCCUCCGUUCGCCGAUACCACCGCCGCCGCCACCUCUCUUCGCGCGCGCGAGGUCGGCAGGUUAUCGCGAGAGCUCGGUCCCCAAGGUGGCGAACCCACAGCCGGGCGGCGCGCGCGCGACACUGUCGCUUGGAACGCCGCCUCCUCCUCCUCCGCUUGCGGGAAUCGACUACGGCGGCCGCGGGGGGUCGCUCCGGAAUGCAACCUGAAAACGCUCAACCUGAAGUGUCUUUGCCCAAGGGUAGAAUUUCUGAACCUGAUGGAGAAGUUCAGCUUGCAUAGCAACACAGACUCUGUGAGGAAUUCCCCGACACAACUCCUAGCUGGUAAACCUGCUGACAGCCUCUCUUUGGGAUCGUCUUCGAGGUCACUAAGCCCACAGCUGCUGUAUCCAAGCGACAUCAUUGCAAACCACCACGGAAAGCCCCUGACGGCGACUUCUCUUCAAGCCACCCCAAAUGACAGCGUGUUUCAGAUCAUCACUGUUUCCAAGGGAACAGGCCUUGGCUUGAACGUUGUAGGAGGCAUUAACAGGAACGAAGGGCCCUUGGUGCAUAUUCUGGAAGUUAUUCCUGGAGGUGAUUGUCAUAAGGAUGGUCGGCUGAGAGCUGGGGACCAGCUUGUUUCCAUUAACAAGGAGUCAUUGAUUGGAAUCACCUAUGAAGAAGCAAGAAGCCUAAUCAACAGAACAAAGCUGAGAUCUAGCUCCUCGUGGGAAAUCACUUUCAUUCGGCGUGAACCUCUUUCCAGUCAAGCGGAAACUGUGCCGCCCCCCUCCAGCCUGUUAACUUCGGAUGGAUACGGACUGCAGCUUCCUCCAUCUUCGUCUCCGAAUGAGAGCAUUGACUCAAAGAUGUCUAUUCUGAAUGUGACGAGAGCCGGAUUCACGAGGAGAAAGCAAUCUCCCGCAUUUUCUGCAAACAACAGUACCGUUGAUGCAUCUGCUGGGGCUGUUGGCCCCACGUGGAGCGAUGAUUAUGGACCACAAAGAAGGAAGAUUUCCCUAAACCCCACUGUUCGUCUCCAAGCGGAUAAACUAGAGAUGGCUCUGAAUUAUCUCGGGAUUCAACCCACAAAAGAACAGCAAGAAAUUCUAAGGCAGCAGCUCCCAAAGGAUCCUAAAGGAACAGUGUCUUUUGGAGAUUUUGUCCAGGUGGCAAGAAACCUAUUCUGUUUGCAGCUAGAUGGGGCAGGUGGUGCCCAAGGACAGGCAGCACUUAAUGCUCACGAAAUUGCCCAAUUACUAGAUUCACAGUUUGUCUCCUGUGAUCCUUUGCAAAGAGAGGAAUUGGAAGAACUUAAGAAAGAGAGGAGUGAAGCUUUACAAGAAAUAUGCAAAUUGAAGGAAGAGUUGGCCGAGUCCGAACGUAGGAGAAAACAGCUGGCCAAAGAGCUGCAAACUGCCAAACAAGAAGCCAAGGCAUCGGUGGAGGAGGCGAGAGGCCUGCGUAGCAGAAUCCAUCUUGCAGAAGCUGCGCAAAAGCAAGCUAGCGGCAUGGAAUUGGACUACGAGGAAGUAAUCCACCUGCUUGAGGUCGAAAUUGCUGAUCUGAGGGCUCAGCUCAGCGAUCAUUGUGGUCAAAAUAAAGACAGCAUCCAAGAUUUAAGGAAGAGGAUUACAGUGCUCGAUUGCCAGCUGAGAAAAUCCGAAACUGCCAAGAAGAUGUUUGAGGUGGCAACUGAAAAGCUGCUGCAGUUUGUUGAGGUUUUGCCGGAAGUGCUGUUGGAUACCUCUACUUCAUUGACCAAUUUAAGUGACAGCAAAGCCACAUUCUCCUCUAAAACACUCAUCGCACGCCUGGGACGGAAUGGACGCACUCUGCCAGCAUCUCUUGCAGCAGAAGCUAAGGAACUUACUAAAUCUGUCCGUGCCAUUCUAGAAGCAGAGUGUCUGCCUUAUGGAUGGGAAGAGGCCUAUACAGCAGAUGGAAUCAAAUACUUCAUCAACCAUGUGACUCAGACAACGUCCUGGAUCCAUCCUGUCACCCACGUACUGGCCUUGCCACGGUCCGAAGAGAACGAGGAGGAGGAAGAGAGCUUCAGAGAGCUUCCGGAUCCCAAAGGCUGAGAACAUCAGCUGGCAAAAAACAGAUGCAAAUGGUGGUAUCAUCCCAAUUGUCAAGAGAUGACCCACUUCCAAUAGUCUAGCUCCCAUGAACUAGUUCCGUCUGAAACAAUUUAUCAACGUUCCUCUCGCUUGUGUGGUUUGCCGGCUAAAUAAGGCACUGCCUGUGUCAACAGACUUUCUCUAGCGUAUAGAUAAACCCAGCCGCACAGAUCAAGCACCUGUGAUGAUUUGCAGCAAGUAUUGCAAGCACAUCUGGGUUUUAAAGAAAACAACGGCAAUUCACACCUGCUUCUCCAUCUAAUGCUAUUGGUCCUUUGUAUAUCUGUAGCCUGUACAUAUAAAAGGCAAUCCCCAACAUUCCACCAGUAGUUUUUUUGCUCCUAUAUGUGUAGAUGGUUGCCAUUAAUGGAGAAAAAUAAAGCAAUACAAUCACGGGCAAAGUAGUGGCUUGCGCGAAAUCUGCCCUCCGCCCCGAUGGUGUGACCCAGCCCUCAGCGACAGUGGUUUUUGGCAGAUUUUGGGGAUUCUGCCAGAGCGGAUGACGCUCGUCCACUUUUUGUUCCAGCUGGAUCAGCAGAGGAAGGCUUUAAGAUGGCAGAAUCUGCUGGAGUUAUCAAGAGACGAUGGAAACACAGGGGUGUUCAAGCUUGUUUCAACAGAUCAAGAGAGUAUCGGCUUAAUGACUCAGCGGCAUGCUUCUUGAAUGAUUUGGACAGGAUAGCCCAGACUAGACAUUCCUCUUUGGCAAAUUAAACAAUCUAUGGCCUAUUAAACUGUGGGGAGGGAGGGGUUAUUGUUUUUGUUUUUUGUUAUGCUACCUAUUUUUCUGUUCUUAUAUUGUACACCGCCCUGCAAUCUUCGGAUGGAGAUUUUCAUCAUGAUUAGCCAUUUUGCUAGGGGGUGAUCCAGAGUCUUAGUGGGUAGCAGGGCUGCACAAUAUGGUGGUACCUUGGUUCUCGAACUUAAUUCAUUCCAGGAGUCUGUUCGACUCUCAAAACCAUUCGUAAACCAAGGCACGGUUUCUGAUUGGCUGCAGGAGCUUCCUGCACUCAAGCAGAAGCUGUGUUGGACGUUCGGCUUCCAAAAAACAUUCGCAAACCAGAACACUUACUACUGGGUUUGCGGCGUUCAGGAGCCGAUUUGCUCAGCGACUAAGCCAUUUGGGAACCAAGGUACCACUGUACUCCGAAUUACUGCCUGAAACCAAUAUGGUGCUCACAUCUCAAUAAAGGUUUCAGACUUUUUGAGCUCCCCAGCAGCUGUGAUGUAUCAGCUGCUCAAAUUGCCUUCGCCCGAGCGGUUGGGCAGUGUAUUUUCACUUGGGGAAGCUGGCCAGAAGGAAAGACUCAGCCUGCCUGCUCAGGCAAAGGCAAAAGCAGACAGACGUACGGAGGGUUCUUAAGUCAACACCUAUAAUCCUAAAUCACUUCCCCUGCCAUGGUUUCCACACACUGAGGGACCCUAGAGAACCAUCACUCUUUAAGGUAGCAGGGAUCUCGGUAUGAUCCUGAGGCAAAGGUUCCCAGGGUCCUUGAGAAACGCCGUGGCAACUAAACUAGCUCAAAUCUGUAGCCCAAUUCAGACAGCGUUGCUUCAGGGCAAUCCAGCACAGUGGUCAUGGUUCUAAUCUGAAAUGGUCUUCUGUCAACGGAAGCAGAAGCAAUUCUUGCUCCUAGCAAAGAAUGGAUGCAUUUUCCUCCCAGACCCAAACCUUCAGUUUCAUUGCCUUUCCAACCAAGGCAUAAACGGAGUCUAAUUAGGUCAAGGUUUUUAUCCCGCUAAUGGCCAUAGCUACAAUCUUCAUCUCCACCUGAUCAUGUUUCAGCAAUCUGGAGAUGUUUUUGUAUCUUUGCUUUCUAGUUAAUGGCUUUUCUGAAGUGGAUUGCUAUUCCCGCUUCGCCGCUUCUUAAUGCUAGCUGGUCACAUAAGCUACCACCGGAUCACAAUUUUUACUACCACGAAUCGAUACCUGGAGUGUAUAUUAAAGCUGAUUAUGUUUACAAGCAUACGGCGUUGCAAUCCUGCCCUGCUUGCUUUCUGUGUUAAGUCACAAGGUAAAUUUGAUUACGCAGAGAACUGUAAGUAGAGAUGACAGAUUGAAGAUGCAAAUCCUCAGCAGUUUGUAACAGAUGUCAAACAAUAAUGUUCUUUUAGAAGUUUGUAAUAAAACGGAUUGUGCUAA